GGCCCCGCGUUUCCAAGGCGACCCGGCAGGAACGGCGGGAGGCGCGCGCGGGAUCGCGCGCGGGCGGUCCCCGGGUUCCUCCCCGCGCGGCCGCGGGUCCCGCGCGGGGCGCGCGCCGGGCGCUAACGGCGCGGGUGCCGCGGGCAGCAGGCACAUUAUCUGGAAAAUGUGAAAAUGCAUUGGCUACGUUUUGCAUUUUUGUAAAAUUACAAAACAUGGAAUAAAGCCUUGGAAAUGGCUCUACAAAAUAUAGACCUAAUCUUGCCACGCUAGAACUGUAAUGCAGAGCAGCUGGAAGUAGUUAAACAUUGGAAGCACUGCUGGUCUGGUUGCAUCCUCCAACAUGACCAAUCCUCAGCCUACAAUUGAAGGCAGUGUUUCAGAAGUUGAGAUCAUUUCCCAACAAGUGGAAGAAGAGACCAAAAGCAUUGCUCCCGUGCAGCUUGUUAAUUUUGCUUAUCGAGAUCUACCUUUAGCUGCACUUGAUCUGUCUGUGGCUGGGUCCCAGCUUUUGCCAAAUUUGGAUGAGGAGUACCAAAGAGAAGGAUCUAACUGGCUAAAACCGUGCUGUGGGAGACGAGCAGCUGUGUGGCAGGUAUUUUUGCUCAGUGCAAGUCUCAACAGUUUCCUGGUAGCCUGUGUAGUAUUGGUGGUGAUUCUUCUGACUCUGGAACUCCUAAUAGAUAUAAAGCUUCUCCAGUUUUCAAGUGCUUCCCAGUUUGCAGGAGUAAUUCACUGGAUCAGCCUAGUCAUCCUCUCUGUUUUCUUUUCAGAGACUAUUUUGAGGAUUGUGGUCCUUGGCAUAUGGGAUUACAUUGAAAACAAAAUAGAGGUGUUUGAUGGUGCUGUCAUAAUCUUGUCCUUGGCACCAAUGGUGGCCUCAACAGUGGCCAACGGCCCCAGCAGCCCGUGGGAUGCCAUCAGCCUUAUCAUCACUCUGAGGAUCUGGAGAGUGAAGAGGAUCAUUGAUGCCUAUGUCCUUCCAGUGAAAGUGGAGAUGGAGAUGAUGAUUCAGCAAUAUGAGAAGGCAAAAGUUAUUCAAGAUGAGCAGCUGGAAAGACUAACCCAGAUCUGCCAAGAACAAGGGUUUGAAAUCAGGCAGCUGAGGGCCCACCUUGCUCAGCAGGACCUGGACCUGGCUGCAGAGAGAGAGGCUGCCCUGCAGGUGCCCCACGUGCUGAACAAGCAGAGCAGCAAGAGGUACAAGGUGGUGGCCACCGAAGACUCGGACGACGAAGGCACCGAGAACAUCUCUGAGCUGCGACCUGCCCGAGAGGAUGACAUGAACAAUUACAUCAGUCGAUACUACAACGAGCCCAGCAGUGACAGCGGAGUCCCCGAUGCCGCCAUCUGCGUGGUGACCACGGCCGCCAUAGACGUGCACCGGCCCAACAUCUCGUCGGAGCUGUUCACGGUGGAGGUGCCGCUGCGCCUGGGCAGCACGGGCACCUCUGCCAGCCUCACGUCGGGCAGCGCCUCUCGCUCCACGGCCAGCUCGGGCACGCGGGGCUGCAGCGAGAGCAGCCCGACCCUGGGCUCGUCCCCGGACUGCAGCGCGGCCUGCGAGGAGCCCCGGGCCCCGCUGGCGCCCGCCCGGCAGCGCGCGGUGCAGGAGCUGCUCUCGUCCCUGUCGGAGGAGGCGUGCCUGGCGCAGAAGGGGCUGGAUCCCGUCAACCUGAAGCUGCCCAGCCCGGCCGGCUCGGUGGGGGCCAGCCCCGACCUGGGCCACCGGCUCAGCGUCUACAACCGCAGGAACCAGGAGAGCCUUGAUGUCUUCCAGCUCAAGCCGCUCCUCGACUGCCCCCAGGGUGCCCCAACGAUCGAGGAGAAGUACGGGGCGCUGGGGCCCCCAGAGCCACAGCUGGGCAGGGUUCCCGAGGCAUAGGGCCCACCUGGGGCAUGGGGACUCCUGCGGGACACGCUCACCACGCUGGCCAUGGGGCUGCCACAUGGAGCUGAGGUGGCAGUGCUGAAGACACCUGUGGCAUCUGCUGCAAUGGCCACCAGCCUAGGGCGAGGCCAGCAUGGCCUCUGCUCCCCUGUGCCUGUGGCACAUGACCUACCUGCCCUGCCACCAGCUCUGGGCCAGCUGGGACCUACAGUGGCCAUCUGGGAACAAUGGACCCUCCAGCACUCUUAGGGCAGUAUGGACCCACAGGGCCUGGAGGGACAAACAGCCUGUGCCAGGAACACCGUGGAACUUCCACCGGUCCAGGGCCAGCACGAGCCCCAUGGUGCCAGGGGCAGGACAGAGCUGCUGGACAGCCUGGGCCCAGCCUGACCCUGCCCAGGGGCUGAGCGUGACUGGGAGGGGUGUGGAGAUGGGAAUAAACACUGACAAACCCAUGCA